ACUCUGAGGCGCUAGGACCCAGCAGUGUUUUUUAGAAAUUCGCACUAGGACCACGCAGCUAGCGAGGCAAUAGCGCUGCAUUGUCUUUGUUCCUCCACUCAGAAUCUCUCCCCGUCUCUCUCUAUCCUUUCCUCUACUUCCAUUACAGUAUUACACGGGUCUGGAUGAUUGCAGAGACAGCAACAUGGCUGUGAAUCUCAGCAAGAACAGACUGGCCCUUCUAACAGCCUACCAGGAUGUUAUCAACGAGACCUCGUCCACCGACUGGGCCUUGUACACAUAUGAGGACAACAGCAAUGAUUUGACACUGGCAUCAUCAGGAGCUGGAGGUCUACCGGAAAUCACAGUGACCUUCGACAAUGCCAGGGUCAUGUACGGCUUCUGCAGCCUGAAGGAGCCCACGGCCGCACUGCCGCGCUACGUCCUCAUCAACUGGGUUGGUGAGGAUGUGCCUGAUGCAAGGAAGUGUCAGUGUGCCAGCCAUGUGGCUAACAUUGCAGAGUUUUUCCAGGUCAGUCUCACUGAGGGAGUCAACAUCAUCGUCAAUGCCAGCACCAUGGAUGACAUCGAACCAUCCGCCAUUGGACAGAGACUGACCAAUGGGACGGCUUCGGUGGCCAGCCCCGUCCUCAGCCGCCUGAGAACCAGAGAGGAGGAGAACGGAGAGCUUGGAGUGGGCACCGUGUACACCAAGACCAACGCAGAGAUCGAGAUGAAGAAGAUCAAUAGAGAGGAAUUCUGGGAACAGGCCAAGCGUGAAGAAGAGUUGAGAAAGGAGGAGGAGCGGAAGAAGGUUGCGGAGGAGAGGCAACGAUUUGAGGAGGAGAGAAUGGAGCUGGAAAGGAAGGAGCAAGAGGAUAGAGAGAAGAGGUACCGCGAAAGGGAGAGGCAAAUUGAGGAACACAGAAAGAAGAUGCAAGAGGAAGAGGAGGCCAAAGAGAGGACACGGAACCAGCCCCUCAUAACAGCAGAACCUAGCUAUGAGGAUCUGGAGAAAGAGAACAAGGAGACUGAAGUGGAGGAGGCGAAAGCCCUGAUUGCCCAGCGGGCGGACAAUCCCAGGGAGUUCUUUAAGCAGAAAGAGAAGGCUGUGACCACUGGUGUGGACGUCUCUCCUGUCUCUAUCCACAGGGCCGGCCGUUUGGACAGCCCGUUACCAGGCCGUUUGGACAGCCCGUUCUUGAAGCAGCAGCACAGUCCCAGCGAGCCCAGUCCGCCCCCCCUCUGCACCCCGCCACAUGCGAGGCUGCAGCCCACUGCACCCGAUGGUGAUGAUGAAGGGAGCUCAGACCACAGCAUGGGCACAUCCACAACGCCUAUCCCUAAAAUAGUCACCACACCCAUCCAGGAGGCAGAGGACGACAGCCGGAACGAGUGGGGUGAGCCGAAGCAGCAGCCAGGCCCAGUCCAGGAGUCCACUCCCACCAAGCCCGUUCAGAGCGUGGCCCCCCAGACCCGCCCAGACUCCCAAGCCCCGUCCUCAACCUCGGACGACUACGACCCCUUCUCAGGUUUCAGGCCCCUUCCUGCACCCACUGCUGCAGACCCCCUGGUGGACCUAUGGGACAGCAGUCCUGCCACAGGCUCCGCCCCCUCUCAGGCCCUGCCUCCUGGAGGGCGAGUCCAGCCCCUGCUGAGCUUCGACGAGAUGGGAGAUGUACCAUUCUACCCGGGGGGCCCCGGGGGUGCUGAGGACGAGCCCUCCAGCCUGGUGGAUGUGGCUGGGACCCACGAUAUGACCCUGAGCUACCAGCAUGCACUGCAGCAUGCUUCAGAUGACACUCAGCUGAUGACCAAUGGGGAGACCCUGCUCAAAGAAGGGACUCAGGCGAGCGAGGGUUACUUCAGCCAAUCGCAGGAGGAGGAGGACUGCUCUGCUAAAAUGAACCCGACGCCAGUGUUUUAUAACAAGCCACCAGAGAUUGACAUCACAUGCUGGGACACGGACCCUGUAAUGGAGGACAGCGACUAGACGAUGGCGGAGUAGAACAGUCCGGUGGAGGGAAGUAGAAACAACGCAUCAUCAAUGACGAAACUGUUUUUUUAAAAGUAAUAAUAACAAGUCUUGCAUUAAAAAAAAAAAUCUGUAUAAUGUUCUAGAAUAAAACAAAAAAAUGUUAGCCACCGAAAAGGUUGUCGAGUUAUUGUUAGAGAUGCUAAUUGGUUGAUGAUGAGCUCUUGUUUUUUAAAAUGUAUUUCUUAUAUUUCUCCUUAUUUGCUAUGUAGAGUAAAUAGCAGAGAGUGAGAACUACUUUCUUGCGUACUUAUAUACACAGCUCAGUAGCUCACGUCUGUGUCUUCUACAGCAGAUAUGACUCCUGUACCAGACAGGUAGCCUAUUAAAAGUUAGAGCAAACCCUUUUGUGAGCAAUCACAAUUAUUCCUACCACAGCCCCCUCCUCCUCUCUCCCCCAACCCUGGGCCCCACCUUCCACCCUCCCUAGUGCCAAGAGUUGCCCUGCUCUGGCCCUCUCCCCUGAGGCCUAGGGGACCUAACCUCACCCCUGGUUGGGGAUCCAAGUGGGCACGGUGCCUGGGGGAAGGGCGAGGGGGAUCAGAGAGGAAAUGGUGCCAAGUGUAAUCCUGAAUUUUUCAAUGUGUCAGUUUGGCCAUGGGACCAUGGGACUCGUAAUCCACUGUAGACAGAUAGAGCAGGAGCGGGGAACCAGACAAAGGCAUGGCAGACAUCAUAGUACAGGCUGGGAUAGCAGUACUAUUGUACUAUAUCAUAGUAAAACCCUAAAAUAUAUAUAUAUGUGCAAGUCACUUUGAAAAGGAAUAUCUAUCAUAGUUUCUUAUUGUUUAUUGUUGGCAUACACACAUUUUCCCCUAGUCUGUUUUUCUGCUGGGAAAGUAUUAGUGCUAUCCCAGCAUAAAAUCAGACUAGAAGAAAAUGUGUAUAUUUUUUACUACCUAUUAAAAGUGUACUAGAAAUUAAUAUUCAGGAUCUUUGAAUCAUGGCCAUAGCUGUAGUCUCAUUUUGUUUCGUCUCCAGUGAAAACUAGGCAAUAACUAUAUCUAGAGUACUCAGAUGGGAACGAGGACAUUCGUCACACGUUGUGGCACUAUGAACGGAACAGUGUGUCUUGUGCUAAGGUUGUUGGAGAGCUGCCACACUAGUCUCUGCUGUAUGACAUGAUACCCUUCUUUUCAGUAGACACAAAUUCACUAUUCUUUUGCAUUCCAUCUGUUUAAAUUUCCCUCGUCCUUCUUUUAAAAUGAUGUCGUUCACAUGCGCCCCCUUGAUGGCCUCAGAGGCACUAUUGUAAUUCUACCAUUGGGACUAUGUUGUUUUUGCACAGGUCUCAUUCCCUGCUUGACUUUCACCCAGUCAUCUCAGUUCUGAUUUCACCCCUAAAAUGAGAAACAGUACAGUAGACUAGCUUUGCACAUAGGCCUUAGAAAUGAUUUUGAUCAUCAAGACUCAUUAUCCCCCCCACCCCACACACCCCCACCCCCACACACACACGGCUUGUAGACUGUCUGUCUCAGUCUUCCUUCAUAUGAUCUAGAGGUUGUUUAUUAUUGUUACUGUUCAAGGGUAGUUUCAUUUCUGAGAUUCCACACCUCUGAUCUGAUUCUAAAUAAAUCCUGUCAUUCUUAUUCAUAGAGCUAGAACAGUUCUAUAUUGUUAUAUCUCUAUGUUCUUACCACAGAGUUCUGAGUGGGAAUCAGCAAGCAAUAAGAAAGAAAAAAAACAAUGUAGUUUUUCUGUCCUGUAAAUAGUGUUUGAUAUUUAGUAAUAUACAACUAAUGAUCGACUAACACUUUUUUGGGGGGGGUCAUUGUGGCCCUUAUGAUUAUGACACUUUGAAUUGAGGCUUGUUGUGGGAUUGAGUGAGAUUUUUAAAUGAAGUUUCUUUGAAGAGAGAUUUGAAAUGUGAGUCGUGGUGGGAUUCCAUAUCCCUCGCAGCCUUUUAUGUAUAUGAGAAUCACCUCAUGCUUGGUAAGAGCCGACCAACCUGCAUCUUUAGCAGUAACUGACACCGUUUCCACAUCAGUUCAAUGUAUACUUCUUCACUCUGAUAACCUCCUGGUUAGUGAUUAUUAUUCUCUCCCUAUUGCACUACUAGGAGACUACUACUCUACUACUACCCCUAAUACUCGACCCAAAGCAAGGCUUAGCUGUUCCUUGGCUUUACUGAUCUCUUUUUAUUUAAAAGAUCGAAAUAAAAAGAUUAUCUUCCCUCUUUUGCGUCCGCUUCUCACACACUGUUUUUUUUAAAUAAGCGCAAGAUCUUUUGUGACAUGCUAGGUGCUGAUGUAUGUUAAUAAAAGACUUAAAAACCUCCAAA